ACCCUCGAGCAAUUCCCUCCUGGGCUCUUGCGAGUCUCUUGUGUCGAAUUCUGCUCUAAAAAAGAAAAACACCUUUGGCUUGCAAUAAUCACAUCUAUACACACAAAUACGCACGUAUAUAUAAUAAUUUCAAGGAACUUGAUCCGAAGAUUCAUAAGCAGAACGCUCGGCCAUGGCUCUACUGAGAUCCCGCUAAUGGGCCUAGAAAUGCGUGCCAUUUCAUCCAUGUACUGCAUUCUUUGAUGAGAGGAGUGGAUCAGUGAUGAAGAUUUUGAGUUGGGUCAUUGUGUUUCUUGGCCUUUUUCCAUCUGGGUUUUUAACAUUCAAUGAUUUUGAUCAAGCGUAUCCUAUUGUAGAACCAGAUCCUGGACAUACAAAGCUACAGCUUGCGAGGGCUGGACUGGAAGCAAUUGAGAGGAUCACUACCCCAAUUGCAGCUGUUGCUGUGAUUGGUCCGUAUCGCUCUGGAAAAUCGUUUCUGCUAAAUCAGCUUCUCUCACUUUCCUGUAAUGAAGGUUUUGGAGUGGGACACAUGCGUGAUACUAAAACAAAAGGUAUAUGGGUAUGGGGAACUCCCGUAGAGGUAGAUAUCGAUGGAGUUAAAACUUCUGUCUUUUACCUCGACACAGAGGGUUUUGAAAGUAUUGGGAAGUCAAAUGUAUACGAUGAUAGGAUAUUUGCUUUGGCAACUGUUCUGAGUUCGGUGCUAAUCUACAAUUUGCCUGAGACGAUUCGUGAAGCAGACAUAUCUAGGUUGUCAUUUGCUGUUGAGCUUGCUGAAGAGUUCUAUGGAAGGUGCGCACUUCAAUAAAUACAACAAUUUUCACUUAAACUGGCAGUACAAGUAUUUCAUCUUCACUUUCCUCUAUGUUCUUGUAACAACACUGACUUUUUUAAUUUGAUAUGGUUUCUCAUGAACAGGGUGAAGGGGCAAGAUGUUGCCUUUGAACCAGCUAAGCUUCUAUGGCUUAUACAACGUGACUUUUUACAGGGGAAGUCUGUGAAAGAAAUGGUUGAUGAAGCUAUCAAACGUGUUCCUAAUCCUGAUGGUGAUAAAUAUAUUGAUCAGAUUAAUCACAUUCGUGAUUCCUUGGCUAUUAUGGGUGACAAUAGCACAGCCUUUAGCUUACCGCAGCCUCAUCUUCAGCGGACAAAGCUUUGUGACUUAAAGGAUGAGGACCUCGAUCAAAAUUAUGUCAAGAAGCGAGAACAAUUAAAACAACUUGUUGUAUCUGUCAUUCGUCCAAAAGUUGUGCAAGGAAAACAUCUAAAUGGAAAGAAAUUUGUAUCUUUUCUGAAGCAGAUCCUUGAAGCCUUAAACAAGGGAGAGAUCCCUUCAACUGUUUCUCUUGUUGAGGUUUUUAACAAGGGUAUCCUGGAACGAUGUCUCAAAUUGUACAAUGAUAGGAUGGUGAAAGUGGGUUUACCCGUUUCCAUGGAAUCUCUGCAAGCAGCCCAUGAAGCUUCAAGAGAACUGUCAAUGAAGGCUUUUGAUGUGCAACAUUUUGGUCGUCAUCAUGCAAAAAAAUCAGUUGAACAAUUAGAUGAAGAAAUUGAGAAGGUGCAUAAAAAUUUCAUUAUGGCAAACGAAUUUAAUUCUGCCAAGUUAUGUGAGAGACUAUAUACUAGUUGUGAGGACAAAAUGGACCGACUUCAAGUCCUCAGACUUCCGUCAAUGGCAAAAUUUAAUGCAGGCUUCCUCCAGUGCAACAGAAGUUUUGAAAUAGAUUGUGUUGGCCCAUCUAAAACCAGCUAUGAGAAUCGAAUGAUGAAGAUGAUGGGAAGAUCAAAGUCUCUAUUUAUUAAAGAAUAUAACCAUCGCCUAUAUAAUUGGUUGGUGGCCUUCUCUCUUGUCAUGGUGGUAAUAGGCCGGUUUAUCAUUAAGUUUUUUUUGAUUGAGAUGGGAGCUUGGAUAAUGUUUAUAUUUUUAGAGACGUACACGAGGAUGUUUUGGUCAGCGGAGUCCCUCUAUUACAACCCUGUUUGGCAUUUUGUAGUAGCGACUUGGGAAACCCUUGUUUACAGCCCUCUUCUUGAUGUGGACAGAUGGGCCAUUCCUCUUUGUGUAGUAGUGUCGGCCUUGUUAGUUUAUUGGCGGUGUUAUGGAAGGAGAAGGCCUUGUCCUCAGUGGCUGUUACCAAUGUACAACAGCAUUACUAAAGACCAACGAAGAUCAGAGUAAUGGACCAUUUUGUGAUUUUCAUCUCGGUAUGCUUUUCCACUAUUAAAGUUGAAGGAUGCCCGGGUCUUUGGUUCAGGAUACAUCAGUAGUUCGGCUACAAGUGCUGCAGAUAGCAAGCACCAUCACAUUUAUAGUCAGGAUUGUUUAGCAUUUUUGUAGGUUGGCGAAAGCCUGUUGUGCUGAGUAACCAAUAGCAAAACUUGACCUUGUUACAGUAUUUUUGUCCAGAAAAUAGUCAUAUGCAAACCUCUUCAAGGCGCAGAAAAGUAAUAUUUUAAUAUUUGAAAGUAAA